CUCCCUCUCUCGUUGGCAAGUGAAAACAUGAAAAGAAAUAGGAUUAAUUAAUUUUAUCCAGUAUUUUAAUCUUCGAAGAUACUGAUAAAACUUCUGUUAUGACUAUUAUUAUCAUCAAUAAAAAGCAGAUUCAGGGAUAUAUUGUAGCAUCUUCGAAGAGAUAGUCAAAAGGUCUAUUUUUCAGUGGCAUAAAUAUUACAGAAACCUCCAAAAGCUCUUUGGUCAGAAAUUAGGGAAGUAAUUUUUGGAUUGUUCCUAAUUCCGCAUUCAAAAACCUUUGCCGGUUUUGCUUUUUUCACACCAUUCUCAAUUCUCUCCCAAUCAAUUAUUUUUCUCCCAAUCGAGAUGGCGGAGCCCCAGAUUCCAGAGCCUGUUCCCCAGCCCACUGACCCGGCCGCGAGCUCGCUGGACGAGCUGCCUCCUGACCCUCUGCUGGGAUCCGACUCGUUCAUCGACCCGGACAGGGUUGAGCCCGAGGAAGCGUUUCCGGAGCAAGAACAGGUCGGGUUGGACCCGGCCACGGCGAUUGCGGCGCAGCCGAUUUCGAUGCUCCGUCCCGGAGAGGAGCCGGUGACGGUGGAGAAGACGCCGCGAAGGAAAAACAUGGACGAGAUGUCAGUGAGACCGAGCUGGUUGCCUGAAGGCUGGGAUAUGAGCCUUAGAGUUCGCGCCUCUGGAAACAGCGCUGGAUUUAUUGACCGAUCUCCGGAUGUUCUUUUGGUUCGUGGGGUUUCAUUGAAAUGGGUUCUAUGCAUGUUCGUUUCUUACUACAUUGAACCAACUGGACAGCGCAAGUUCCGUUCCAAGAACGAGGUGCUUCACUUCUUAGAAACGGGCAGUAAAAAGAAAAAGCGGUCAACUUCUGCAACAGCUGCUACGCCUUCAGAGAGUCCCGCCAAACAAAAUAAGUCUGCCAAGAGAGGAGAUAGUCCCGCCAAAAAAAAUAAGUCUGCCAAGAGAGGUAAGAAGUCAGGGGACGUGAAUUCUGAUGCUGCUCACCCGCAGAAUGCUACCAACGGCGUUGAUGCGGAUGCUAGUUGAUAAGGACCAUAUACUCUGUUGGAUGGUAAGACCAAAGGAGUGCACAUGACUUGUGAUUUUAGGAAAAAUGUUGGAACCUUUAACUUAAGGCUUCUGUCCUUUUAAAUUAUGGGCACAUAAUGUGGUCCAGAUUGUGUUGGUGAAUGGUAUAAUUUUANCGGGCAUUCUGUGUCUAGUGAUUGUGAGCUCUCUUCAUGCUGAUUUGGGUUUAGUUAAUUUCUUUUGUCUAUCUUGAU